CCAGAGACCUUAUGCCAAUGCCAUGCGCGCACUGCCAUGCCCACUGAAGCAACGAGCCUCUCUAACUCCCAGCCCGUCGCCGGCGCUGCCUUCCUCUACCGUCUCUCUCAUCCAUCCCUCUCUGCCCUCCUCCUAUGCCCCCCUCCCCAAUGCCUCCGCGGCGGAGCUCCGCCAAGCGACAAGAUUUGUCCCCCCUCCCCUGCCAACGCCUCCGUUGAGCAUCGGACGCGAAUCUCCUCACCGUCCGCAGCUUGUUCGGCCGUCGACUACGUCCCCUCCCGGGACUCAUACUAGGCGGCAAUGGCACGACAACCCCACUUAUAUUUCUUUGAAGAUGCAAGCUGCCAUGUAGUCCCGAGAGGCUUACAAGAUCACAGAUUUUAUUCAUUGCUGAGAGAUUUUUUUUGCAGAAUGCUUUAUGACGUGUGUCUAAUUGAUUGCAUUUGCAUUCACCCGGACGGUUAGUUGUGCCUUUCUCUGUAACUAUUUUCUCCGAUGUAGUUCACUCCCAUACAGGAAUACUGCAUUCCUUUGAUUUUUUUUUUUUUUUUGCCUCAAACUAACUAGGAGAACUGCGUGGUAAAAUCAAGAAGAGCAGCAUUCCUUUUAACUUAUUAGAACCAUUAUUAAGAGAGAUGUUAAAUGCUCAAAUGCCUGAAAUCUAAACUCACUCGACCAAUAUGAGCCACAUGAUGAGCACCUGUGCUGCUCACCAUCCUCAUGUCCAGCAGCGACCCACAUCCACCUCUGCCGCCGUGCUAGCCCACCCAAGCUUUUAGUUCCCCGCCACCAGCACCACCAAUCACCAACCACUGAUCUUCGAGCAGCACAGUAAGCAGCGCCCCUCUGCCCCUGCCCACCAUUUGCUGGCAUCACCAGUCUGGCUUGCAUCCAUGGCCCUUCCUCUAAGACUGACACAGCUACCCCCUGCCACUCACGCACACCAGGUAAUCUGAAAUCUCGUAAUUUCAAACGCCUGAAGCAUAGGUUGUAUUUGUGUUUAAACUGCCAAUCAUUAUUAUUUUUAGUAUUCUGUUCAGUUGGUUGAGAAGGAACUGAACCCUGGCUGCAUGUGUAUUCUUUUCCUCAGUGGGGAAAUCAUGAUGUCCGAACUACUAGUCGGUGGCUAAAUGUUGUGUGAUCAUCUUGUUUUGUAUUGAUCAGGUGAGCAUUAGUACCAGUUAAUUGUUAAAUGAUGCAGAAGUUGAAUUUGUACUAACUUAACUACAUAUUUUCGUUUACAUAUAAACUGAGUUCGCUUAAUGGUUUCCAUGCUACAGAAAUUGCUAUCCUGGCUUACAGUUCUGUUUUGAAAAUGAAAUGAGAAUGUGAUCUGAAUGUUAAUAGUUUGCUGUGGGACACUCCUUUUUUUGCGGAAUUUUCUCAAGAACACUGUUAUAGUGUAAAUUGGCCAUCAAACACAGUACAUUCGAUCAGUGUCAUACAACAAAUAAAAUAGAUUUUUGGAAGUUUUACUAUAGGACACCAAUAAUAUUCUGAACCAUAACAGUGUCUUUAAGUAACAGCCAUUGUUUAUAUAAGUGUCCCACUGUAAAUUUUGCCUUGUUAAAAUAAUUAUAUUGGUGGGCUGUGGUUACCACAAUUUGUUUGCGACAUAACUGAGAUCACUAUUUGUUCUCUAACUUUUCUCCAGCUUCACUAGCCUGUUUGGAAAAAUGUUAUUAUUCUGGUUGUGGUCUAAAUUUUAUGCAUCAUAUUCCAUAACUUACCAAUUUGUGAUCAAGGAACAACUUCAACAAUAUAUUGGGACAGUUGUUAAAUAUUAUUGUCCACUCCAUAAAAUAUUACAUUGAAACUGUGAACAUCAGUUUAAUAACACUGAAAAGAACUCUUUCUUCUGAGUUCUGAUUGUAUAGUCUUUGGAUAAUUAUGCCCCUGGGUAUUCUUACCUACACCCUCGUCUCUCCACAUCACCUUACCCAUGGAAGGAGGGAAGUAGAGACUUUAAGCUCAAGAGGGGAUGCUUAUGUUCUCUAUUAACCUGUUUUUCAUAUCUAAUGUAAUUGUGUGUUAGUAUUUUUUGUGGAUGAUGACAGGGUGUCUGACGAUGUAUUUGAAGCACCUCAACAAAAGCUGGAGUGAAUUUGAACCACUAAAUAAUUAGAAAGGUCACCCUGCUGCUUGAUGUCUCCCUCAUGUAACACCUUAACGUUUCUUCUUUGCCCCUCCCCUGUUUUCUUUUGCUUCCCCUGCAACCUGUCAGACACCGAUCAAGCAGGUAGCAUGUAGCCUAUGUAAUCCCUGGUCUUUUAGGUCUGGCACCAUUCAUACCCUUUCCCAAACGUAAAAUAAGGUGGGAUUGCACUUGCACCUAGGAGUGGUAAUGACCUCUAAAUUUUAUACUAUAAAAUUUAAGAAUCGGAUCGGGCUCUAUUUCUAUUCAUUUUUGAACUAAAACUAAUUAAGGGCUCAAACAAAUUGUGAAGGAACAUGUGGAUCAUUCAUUUGAGGGCUCAAACAAAAAAUCAUUUGGGAUCCAAGUUUUUAUUUCUCUGGGUCAUUCAUUUGACACAAAUACCUGUAUUUUGGAGCAAGAAAACGUGGAACAAAAAUGAUAACCUACUAGAAUUACCUAAUGUGUACCCACAUUCACCUCUACUAUCAUAUCGUCAGUGGAGUGCAACAUGGUUGUGUGUUCCGUUCUGCGGUUUAAACAUAGAUUGAGUUUCACUUAAUGGUUCAUGAUUCUAGUUGUCAUGUGGAAUUCGGCGCCUAAGCAGUUCAUGUCUUGCUCUUCUCUACUAUGUACUCUAGUACUUGUCAUGGAACAUAACUAAUCAAUCUUUAUUAAAAUGUUGUGACCAAUAUAUAUUUUAAUUAAGUUGGGUUUGCUACUUUAUAUUUUGAUUGACACCUUAUUCGUGGUUGGAUGGCUGAUAUGAGGGCGCCUUUACAGUGCAAUGGAGACCUUAAAGUUUGGGAUUAGUAGAUGGUUUGGUCCUUAAGCAAGAUGUCCUCGGUCAAUACCGAUGGAAACUCUGGUUCCUACAGCAGCAAAUCAGCCUACCAAACUUUUUCUUGGGGACUAUCAAAUUUGCCCCCAGGAGAAGAACUUGAUCGCAUGUUUGGACAGGACCCCCUGGUUCUUCCGGCUAUUGAGGGAAGACAGUGUGGGAUGGAUCCUGGAUGACUAGCAUUACAUCUAUCAUACAUUUGUCCAGUUCUCUGGAGUUUUUUAUCCUUUGUUUUGUACCUUCCUAUGUUUCUCCAUUUGUCAAGGCCUAAAUUCCAUCUUUAGUUACUUCUGGAAAUUUUUCUCCCAUUUAUUUGAUUCCGAUUUCUGGAUAAAAGUUGCUCCUUGGUAAUCAUGAGGAGGGCUCUGAAAAGAUCCUUGCUCAGAUGGUCGCCAAGGAUUGUACAAUCUCAAGAAUUUUGUCAGUGCUUAUGGUUGAUUUGGGCUCUUCUACCAGGGGGUAGUUGCAGCAGUCGCUAGCCAAGAAGAUCAUUAUAGUUUGCUGCUUUAUAAGGUGACACAAGGGUUCCUGGGUUUCUCAGUCUUUGACUGAGAGCUUCUUUGUGCAAUACCAUGGUGCGGUUUUUCCUCACCGGCCGAGUAUCUGUUUUUGAAGGUAGGGUUUGUACUUUUCUUCUUUUUUAACAAAGAGAUAAAUUGCUCGCCUUUGUGUUCCAGAAGAAAAAUCUCAGCAAUUGUCAAACUUCAGUUUUUAGUUAAGGUUAAUAGAUACCAAACAAAGGAUACUAUACUAUUGUUUAAUACAUCGUAUAUUAUUUGGCUAGUGCCAGCCUUUGGGCUAUAGAAUCCUCUACCAAAUAAGUAGCAGAUUUAUUUGGAUGGAAGGAGUGUAUCUCUUAUUAAAUACAUACGACAAACAUUUAAGGAACGAACGUCACAAGGUUAUCAAUAGUAAGCUUGACUGACCUUGAGUUGAACAAAAACUUUCAUGAAGACGUAUCUUUGGCAAUGAAUUGGACAGGUAAGGUUCAAGAACACUUCAGCUAAAUAAAUGAGUAGAGUUAACAUAUAUCUUUCUCAAGGGAUGGGGGACUAGGGGAGUCACUAGCAUUGAUUGUGCACCUUGAAUCCCUUUCUUUUCUUAUAUAAGGAGGUAUCCUCUACACUAAACUACGAACAAGUAUCAGAGACACUCUCUGUCAGGUGUCUGCAAUGGACAACCUCAAAACCCAUUCUGAAUAUGCCGAUCAACCUCAGGGGCCACAAGCAAAUGCCGUUUCUUUCGCUUUACCAACAGGUCAGGUCUUAGACUUAGAUAGUCAUAUGAUUGGCCAACAGCACACGAAUCUGUCAUCAUUCUGGUUCUCCCUUGAGCAGCACAGGCUGCAGUUGGAUCAGGCCCUUCAACUCCAUAACCAACAGUUGCAGGUGUCACUGCAGCAGCAAAUAUCUAUGCAGAACUCAACUCUACUGAACCUUGUGGAAUCUAUGACAAGAGAUGUGCUGAUGCAAAAGAAUGAUGAGAUAGCCAGCCUGCGAGUAGAGUUGCAGAGGAACCAAGAGGAUCUAGAAACAACACUGCAUGACAGAGAUGAGUGGAUGAAGGUCGCUAUGGCCGCUUAUGAAAUUAAUCAGACACUUAUCCGCAUGCUUCGUACCGUGCAGCUGGAAGCGAAUUCUCAUGUUUCAUCUAAUGAUCUAGAUGCUCCAAGUUAUAGUGAAGCAUCGAGCAUGGCGAGGACAGCAUUGGAGACAGCACAGCCCAAUCUGAUCUGCAAGGUCUGCAACUCUGGUAAUGCCGGCGUACUUAUGUUGCCAUGCCAACACCUCUGUGCAUGUAAGCCGUGCGUAGCCUGGCUUGCGACAUGUCCUAUCUGUGGUGCUGUGAAGACUGAUGCUAUCGAGGCUCGAUUUGUUUAUAAGAAGUAAAAACGCCAAAGCAGCAAUCCGAAUUCGUUUAUAAGAGCAUGUCAGCUUUCCUUUUUUUCGUGUUAGGUGUUAUAGGCUGUAGCCUUGUUCUGUUAUGCAUUCUGGUAUAAUGUUCUGGUAGUCUUCAUGCCGAUGCCAUGUUUCUGGAUUCUCAAAAUGUUUUGAUAUAGUUGCCAUGUUGUCUUCGGUUACUAUAUUUUUCUGAA